ACAAGCCUCUAGACAAUGGUAUUCCACAUUUUCUUCUUGCCUCAUUGCUUUUGGUUUCCACCAAUCAAAAGCUGAUUAUAGCUUAUUCACCAAAGCUGAUGGUAACUCUUUUACUGCAUUGUUAGUCUAUGUUGAUGACAUUACUGUGGCUGGUAAUUGCUCGACAUCCAUUGCAUCUCUUAAAGCCUUUUUGCAUAAUCAAUUUAACAUUAAAGAUCGUGGUUGUUUGCAUUAUUUUUUGGGCUUGGAAGUUACAAGAUCCUCCAAAGGCAUACAUUUAACCCAAAGAAAGUAUACUUUGAAUAUACUUUCAGAUUCUAGUAUGGUAGGUUUUAAACCCCUAAAAUUGCCUCUUGAACAGAAUUUCAAAUUACAAAAGGCCUCUGGACAGCCUCUACUUGAUCCUAGCUCUUAUAGAAGACUCAAUGGCCGCCUUUUGUACCUCACCAUCACCCGGACAGACAUCUCUUAUGCUAUCCAGCUCUUGAGCCAGUUCAUGGAUCACCCCACUGACUCCCACCUUUCAGCAGCCCACAAAGUUCUAAGGUAUUUGAAAAUUGCUCCUGGCCAAGGCAUUUUAUUAUCAUCAUCUUCUCAGUUGCAACUUCGAGGUUAUUGUGAUUCCGAUUGGGCUUUUUGUCCUGACACACGACGCUCCACCACAGGUUAUUGUGUAUUUCUUGGUCGUUCUCUUGUGUCGUGGAAGUCUAAGAAACAAUCAGUUGUCUCUCGAUCCUCAGCUGAGGCUAAGUAUCUUUCUAUGGCAUCCACAUGUUCUGAGCUUACAUGGAUUAGAUUCUUGCUUCGUGAUUUGCGGGUACCACAUCCCCAAGCUGCCUUGCUUUUUUGUGACAAUCAAGCAGCUUUCCAUAUUGCUGCCAACCCUAUUUUUCACGAGAGAACGAAGCAUAUUGAGUUAGAUUGUCACCUUGUUCGGGACAAGAUUCAAGAAG